AUGUCAGCUCGAAAGGUUUAUGAAGGGAAGAGUGGGUCGGUGGACACAGUUCUGCUAUCUGUGGAGGACUGGCAGGGGAACUCAAAGCCUUCAACUUCCGCAUGGGUCUUCCAGCUCGUCUGCGUGCAGACGGCCCUGCGCCUUCUCCUGAUGCCACAGGAGCCACUGUACGCUUACCUGUUUCAGAAAAAGGAAGAGGAGAUGAGGAGAGUAAAAGAAGAAGAGGAAGAGGAGGAAGGCUUACAUUUUCUGCUCCUGCAUCUCAGUCAGGACCGGCCAUCUCUGUCAAGAGGACGUGAGCUUCCUAGGAACACAGCCCAAAGGCCCCACUGCCACCCCAGCCCGGACCUCCAGCAGCGCUCCUCGCCCCAGCUUCUGAACUGUGAGCUUUUCUCAUCCCUGUCCCAAACAAUCCUUUCAAAGCCAUGGGAGAAAUCCCACUGCCUCUCCCACUUCACAGCCACAAGGCAGCCUGGUCCUGACUCAGCAGAGAGACCGCAUGGGAGACUUGAAGGAAGCAGGGUACAAACAGGGGCCAUCUUGGCCUAUCAUCUCCCUAAAGCCACAGGAAUCAUGGGUGCCGGAAGUGGACGGCUGCAGCUCUUGGGCAGAAUUUCACAAACACACUUAGCACCCAACCCUGCUUCUGUUCAGAGACUUCUCAAAAGCCAAGCCUCCCGUACACAGUGCAGCGUGUUUUACCCCUGGGGAGCCAGGCGGCAGUCUUCCUGGCCUAUAUCAUACAAUGAGCUCUUUCUGGAGAAGACUCUGACCGUGGCCACCGGAACUGGGCCACUGGGCUAGCGAGAGCGGCAGCUCACUCAGCGAAAGCAUGCACAGACCUAGGUCGCAGUAUGAAAAUGGCCUUCUGCACCUCAUUUUAACCGAUUCCCUGUCCGUUCAGGGACUGUCAUAAUAGCCCCACAAUUAAGGACGUGUUUACCAGCCAAGCCACUUACCUGAAAUACUCAGUGGUUGCUGUUCUCUCCCUGUCUGAAGUUUAUUUAUGAGAAAGAAAGACUUGGCCUGAGGAUAAAAAUAAAGCAGCAGCACUCAACUGAAUUUGCUGCUCUU